AUGAAAUACAGCACCGCCGCCACUCUGGGCUUCGUGAGCUACGCUCUCGCCGCACCCACUCCCGCCGAAAAGCGUCAGGGUCUCGACCUGCCAUUCUCUCUGCCGUUCUCCAUCCCAACUGAGCUCCCAACCGGCCUCCCCAGCUUGUCGCUGCCAUUCCCUAUCCCGACUGGCUUGCCGUUCAAGCGCGAGGAAGAGGGUCUCCCGUUCCCUAUUCCUACCGAGCUCCCGUCCGGUCUCCCUAGCUUGUCGCUGCCAUUCCCUCUGCCUACCGGUCUGCCUUUUGAGAAGCGCGAGGAGGAGGGUCUCCCAUUCCCUCUUCCAACUGAGCUCCCAUCCGGCCUCCCGAGCCUGUCGCUGCCAUUCCCUCUGCCUACCGGUUUGCCGUUCAAGCGCGAGGAGGAGGGUCUCCCGUUCCCUAUUCCUACCGAGCUCCCGUCCGGUCUCCCCAGCUUGUCGCUGCCAUUCCCUCUGCCUACCGGUCUGCCUUUCGAGAAGCGUGAGGAGGAGGGUCUCCCAUUCCCCCUCCCCACUGACCUGCCUAUCCCAUCUGGUCUUCCCAGCCUGUCGCUGCCUUUCCCUAUCCCAACCGGCUUGCCGUUCAAGCGCGAGGAGGAGGGUCUCCCGUUCCCAAUUCCUACUGACCUGCCUAUUCCAUCUGGUCUUCCCAGCCUGUCUCUGCCAUUCCCUCUGCCUACCGGUCUGCCUUUUGAGAAGCGCGAGGAGGAGGGUCUCCCGUUCCCCCUCCCCACUGACCUGCCUAUCCCAUCCGGUCUCCCCAGCUUGUCGCUCCCAUUCCCUCUGCCCACUGGUCUCCCAUUCGCCAAGCGCCAGGGAGCCUCUGAGCCUCCUUUCCCUCUCCCCUCGGGCUUCCCCGCCCCUGGACCCGUCCCCACCGGCGGAUUCCCUAGCGGAUUCCCCGUUUCGGGACUCCCCACCCCCUCUGGCUCUCCCGUCCCCUUCUCUGCUUAA